AUGCAGCCACACGAUCAAACCAAUGGUCUGAUCAGGAGGGUGUGUCUCACGCGCGGUAUGCAUGUGCCUGAGCACGUGGCCCUGCACCACACACACGAUGUGGGUCCGGACCAGUGCUGCUCCUCGGUGGUUCAGAUGAUCAACACACCACCCGUGUCGGUAUGGGCCCUCGUGCGCCGUUUCGAUGACCCGAAGGUUUACAAGAACUUCAUAAGGCAGUGCCGUAUCGUUCAAGGCGACGGACUCCAUCCCGGCGAUCUCCGGGAAGUCAUGGUGGUCUCCGGACUCCCGGCGGUCUCCAGCACCGAGAGACUCGAGAUCUUAGACGAGGAGCGUCACGUGAUAAGUUUUAGCGUCGUGGGUGGGGACCACCGGCUCAAGAACUACCGGUCGGUGACGACACUACACGCGUCGGACGACGAAGGGACCGUCGUGGUUGAGUCUUACAUCGUCGAUGUUCCACCGGGAAACACGGAGGAGGAGACUCUUAGCUUCGUUGACACUAUAGUCCGGUGCAAUCUUCAGUCUUUGGCUAGAAGUACCAACCGGCAAUAA